AUGUACUAUCACAUAAUGACUACAAAUACUCCAUCAGAAGCCCCAUCAGAAGCACCACCAAACCCACCCCACACAUACGAUCGCAACACACCCGACCAACAAGAAAUCACCGCAAUCCUCGCCAAAUUCAACAAAGAUCCUCUCGCUCUGAGUGUCAUCUCCCUGGGCAAAGAUGGAGUCCUGCGAAAUCUAUCGGCGGAUCGUGCGGUCCUCGAUGCUGUUGGACUGAGUCCGCGACUUGUGAAGGCGUUCUUGGACCGCGUGCCUCCAGACUACCGCGCGCUCACGCCAGAACUUAAGGAAGCUGAUGGAUCGAAGGCGACGUAUGAGGAAAUGUGGCACCCGGAUCCGGGACUGCUGCCACGACCUAUGGGCGAGGAACAGAAGAAGAAGGCGUUAGCGAUUUUACAGAAGGAAUAG